GGGAGUCAUCUAAAAGAAACUUGCUUUGAUGGUGGAACACCAGUCUGUGUUCUUCAUCACAUGUGGUGUUGGUGCCGGUACUCGGCGGUGUUGUCAAGAUGAAGAACUACUUCACAUGUUAUGUUCUCCUGGUUCUGUGCACAAGAGCAGCGUUUGCGCAGUUUAUUGGACAACAAUCACAAUUUCCAAACAUUGAUCAAAGAAAUCAGCUGUCACCGACGCAACAAGGUCACAUACUGAGCGAUAUUCAGCAACAUCAACACAGGUUUAAUGUGUUUCCUCAAACGCAACACUUUCCUCCUCAACAGUUCGGUUCACCACAGCCUGCAGCUGUGCAACCACAGGUGUUCAACCAACAACCUGUUUUCGCUCAACCAACACAAUUUCCAGUCUUGUUGAACCAAAAUCAACAACUUUUGCAAAACCCCGUUUUGGUUCAACCUCAAUUCCAAGCGGCUUUACCAACACCAACAGUGCAACAACCAGUUCCCGUUGUCUCAACAAUACAGUCAAUUGUACCAACUUUACAACCUGAAGUCAACACUAGGAUUCUUCAACAUCACACUCAAACCAGCUUCACUCCUAAUUUUUCGCAACAGCAGCCACAGCCGCAACAGCAACAGCCACAACAACCACCACCACAACAGCAACAAUCCCAAGAAACAAUUAUACGAAGCCCAACAACAAACAAUGUACCACAAAAUCAAUAUAAUGCGUUCACCCCAAGGCCCACAGUUGACCCAAUUGUGGCAAUUGAACAACAAAUUCGCCAGUUAGAUCCCGAAAAACACAAACAAAGAAUAAAAGAGUUGAGGGAAAAGCAGAGCAUUAUAGAGAAACACAAUCAGUUUGUGGAAAAACAGUACGAGAAAGCUUUGAAGAAAGCACAAAGCGAUCACCAACAAUGGGUGGAGGAACAAAAAGAAAUCAAAAAGAAACUUUACCAAAGUGUAUAUAAACCACCAGGUAAUGCACAAGUGGUCAGAUACACUCAAUCAAUCCCUCGGUAUAUCUACCCUGAAGAAGGCCCGCUCUUUAAAUUAGCAGUGGAACAAUACUACAAAGAACACCCCACAACUACAACCACCACAACAACAACUACAACAACAGAAGCUCCAACAACCACGUCAAAAAAAUUUCUCGCAACUAAAAAAUCCGGUGGCUCGUUUCUACCAACCGCACUUCCGACGUCUGAAACCAAAAUCAAAACAAUCCAAACCCUAGAAGACUUAAAUCUUCUUCAAAAACAGUACAAAUCGCAACAGAUCGCCAAAGACGACUUGUUGGCCCAACUUCGUCUAGCCAUAGGAAACAGUCCCGAAGACGAAAUCACCAAAAAUCUUUCCUCCAGAGAAAUCUCCCUCGCCAAUGGCAAAAAAGUUCAACUGAUCGAAGCUACUGACCCAAAAUUGAUCCCGGAAGGGAAGGGAGAAGAAAUCACAUUACCCAACGGCGAAAAAGUCCAAGUGUUUCAAGCAAACAACCCCUCCCCAAAACCCGAAGAAAUAACUCUACCAAACGGCCAAAAGGUCCAAGUGAUCAAAACACGAGACCCCAAACUACUAGCAAGUGCCUCAUCCUCGUCCACUGUUAAAACACAAGAAAUCACUUUGCCCAAUGGACAGAAAGUCGAAGUGAUCAAAACCACGGAUCCUAAACUAGUACCUGGGGCAACUCCUCUAGAACCCGGAAGCGACUUGGAAAAACUAGUCUUGGCCCAAACUACGACAACCAAACCACCGACAGCGGUUUUCGACGAGUUAACAAAAGGGGUACUACCUCCUGGUGCCAACUUUGAGCUUUUGAAAACCGGCGCCAGCGGCGGUUUGGAGCAAGUCGGAGGCUUACCCAACCAGAAAAAAGUCACUUUCGUACUGUUAGAGGAACAAGAAGACGGCACGCUCAAAGUUCAAGGGGUCAAAGGCAGCGGAAAAGACAAACCGGAAGUCGACGUCGACUCGAUUUUGAAACGAAUCAAAAACGGCGAAAUCAAACUACCCCAAAACGCCAAACCUACCCCAACCACGCAAACUAAAUUUCAAUCAACGACCCCCAAAAAAGACCUAGUUACUGGUGUGACCGUUGUCCCAAAUUCCUUCGCCAGUGGCGAAGAUGUUUCCAAUGUUCCCAUUUUAAAAACCAACAUUGGGACACACUUUGUGGCCACGUCGACGCCUUCGAGUACCAUUUACACGAAAAUUUUCCCUAGUAGUACUACCAGAAGUACGACCACGUCAAGUCCCACUCAUAAAGUGACCCGAAAUCCGCAUAUUCUGAACCAAGGGAAUGACCUAGUGAGGCAAGCCUCGACGACAUCGUCGGGAAAUCGCAACAGUAUAAUAUACCAAACUACCCCCAAGCCCACAAGCCCGAGUUAUUCCUCCACUUCGGUGAAAAUCUUCCAAAGUGUGUCUCCCACCGUUCCGACAACACCCUUCUACCCCGCACCCACCGAAGCCAAACCCCCACAACUAGAACUCCCGGAAGUCCUCAAAAAGAACGGCUUGUUCGCCAUGGCUAAGUUUCUCCGCCAGUCAGGUCUAGACACCAUCCUGAACGAAACCGGGCCUUACACAAUCUUCGUCCCGACUGACAAAGCCUUCAGGACCCUUCUAGUCCAGCUGGGAGGACCCGAAAAAGCCGAGGAGAAAUUCAAGGACAAUCCGCGCCUCCUCAGCGGGCUGCUUUUGCACCACGUGAUCCCCGGUGCCUUCACCAUAGGCUCCCUGCAGGACGAAAUGACCGGCGUGUCUCUGGCCGGCACCCAACUAAGGGUCAACCAGUACAACAUGCACGACGUCGAGUGGAACGACGUUAAGGUUACCACAAUUAACGGGGCUAAGGUACUCGAUGAGAAACAAGACAUUGAGAUACCGCAGGGUAUAGCACAUGCCGUUGAUAGAGUGAUGUUCCCGCUGCCUGUGGGCGACAUUGUCCAAACGCUCCAGUCGGACCGCGAAAGGAGAUUCACCAGUUUCCUGAGGGCGUUGUUCUCUUCCGGACUUGCCGAAACGUUGCAAGGCACGAAAACCUUCACGUUGUUCGCCCCAACGGACAAAGCUUUCGCCAGUCUGUCCAGCGAGGACCUCACCAAGAUCAUCGCGGACAGAGCCCUGGCCAGAGAGCUGAUCUUCCGGCACCUGAUCCCGGGUACUUUGUACACCAACGGGAUGAGGUACUACCAGAUCAAGGACAGUCUCCUAACCGACCGCCAGCUCACCAUUAGCAAGCAGUCAGGCAAAGUGAAAGUGAACAAUGUCCCCUUGGCCACCCAAAACAUCCCCGCCACGAACGGGGUGAUCCACGCCGUCGACGCACUCUUGUAAUUAGUAAGUUAUUACGUAUUUAUUUCAUUGUCAUUAUUGUAUCAUUCCCACGAGCCAUCCCAUUGUUGUAUUGUUUUAUGUACUAUUUUAAAAUUGUUUGAAAAAAGAAAGAAAAAGGCUGAAAUGUUCGUCACAACAAUGCCAACUCUUAAAUUAUGAAAAAAUGUAAUUAACCUUAGUUGUAAGUGAUCAUGUAAUAUACUAUUUUAAAUAAAGAAAACACAAGUUA